GAAACUAUUGAAUAUGUGAAAUAUUCCCUAGAAAAUGAUAAAAUCCUGGAGCUGACUCACUGGCUGGCUCAAAAUGUGUUUGAGGAUGUAGAAGAAAUCGCCGAUUUGAUGAUUAGACAUUGCAGUUGUCUAGAUAGAAGCUGCCAGUGCGGUCUAUGGGGYCUUGCUCAGCCAAUUUUUACAAGGAUACGCAAACAUAAAAAGGUUACUCUUUGUUUGCUUCAACAAGGAAGAUUCCAUGGAGCCUUGGAAUACGCACGGGAGUGUGGUCAUCUAGGCAAGAAAGAGUUGAUGGAUGCUUUUCGCCUUUGUAAGUCGUCGGUGGUUGCCUUGAGGCUGAGUCGCAGGCAAAUUCCUUUCAAAAGCGUCUUUACCAUUGAAGAGGCAAUUUCUAUUUUGAUGGGGAGUCAAGAGGACUGUCAUUUGGCUUGUGAUCUCAUAAAAAAAGCCAAAAAAGAAGGCCAUCAAAUAGUGUCUUCCGCGAUUGACAAACCUGGAGUGAAUGAUAAUUCAAGGGAAACAAACGAAAAAUGGAUGGGUCUUUGUCAAUAUUGUUUGGACGUUGGUCUUACUAGUUUGGCUGAAGAGCUGUUUGCGCAUGUUAUUGUCAAGAUGGCAAUAGCACAUGGAAAGAAGGUCCACAUCAUAACACGAUAUAUGUUGAAAAAGUGAUUGUAGCAACAGGCUAUUGGUAUGUUUAUUUCUCAUUAACAUCAAUCACCUCAUGUCUCUACUUCCCGGACGUUUCAGAGCAUUCAUUUUAUGCUUCCUCGGUUCUAACGUGUAGUCUUUGUUUUUGAACAAAAUUUGUUUGCUGAUCUGUAGUAUACAACUCCACUAUUUCAUGUGGAAUUUAAGUAUUUCAAUCAAGAUAAUUAGUAUGUUAUGUGUUGAAACAAACUGAAAAACAAAUACUUAAAAAAUAAAAUGGACAAUCAAUCUUAGGGUAACCCAUGACUUMCACUGUUCACCACACGACAAAUGACUAAGUAACCCUUUAAUGUUUCUAAAAAUACACUCAACUGAUUUGAAUCCUAUGUUCUCACAAAAAUCCUUGUGCAUAUCGUAUUGUCAGAGUCUGUAAAACACUAGAAACAAACUAGAUGAAACAAGCUCUGUGUCGUAAAUCCUGUAAAAAUUCUACGAAGAUUUUACGAUUCCAAUGUACGGGAUUUUUGACAACAAUAACUUAAAACCAAACGUCAAGAAGAAACAACUGCCUGAGUAUUUAAACAUUUAACUUAUCUUUACAACCAGUUUAUGACUUACUAUUUAGCGAAACUAUGGCAAAAAAUUUUUCAACUUAGAACAACGUUUCUACAAUUUGCUGUAAUAUAAUUUUUUUUUUUUCAGACAGAUUUUAGACUUUGCUUGGAACUUUCGCUAAAUUAAUUAUAUCGUAAACAUGCACAUCUUAUAAAGUGGAUAUAUYAUCAGUCUGGAUAAAAAUUAAUAAAAUUGCCAGAUGUCACCAAAACGUUAUSAAAACUCGAGCAUUAUUAGUUAGAACUACUAUCGCCAUAGCGACAAUAAAUAAAUAUGGCGAGUCAAAUGAUCUCAUCAUUUGCAUGGCCCCUCAUCUAGAUUAUCUUGUUUCCGAAAUACAAUAAACUAUCUGAUUUGUAACGAUAACAUUGUUAUACUAUUACUCAUCUGCAUACAACUUAAACAGCCUAACAAAAUUAGCUUUCCGUGAAUUAUCGUUAAUGACGGACGCUAAUAUUAAGAAUACU